GUGGGGCAUUUACAUAACGAAGCCUUGCACUUUUCAUUCUUCAUACACGACUCAGAGCAUCAGACGAUCCAUCGCUAUUAAUUACAUUACAUUACCUAACCUAUUCCAUGUUAAAUUAUAACUGGAUUGCCCUACCACCUCGCCGCAGGUCCCCUGAACAUUUACUCUGGUCUUACCAAACCAAUACUUCUCAAAUCGUUAGUCAUGGUUCAGUACCUGCAUACCCCCUGGCGGGACCGCACAGAGCUACUGAAAGUCCGGCAGCAGUUUUAUCCUUCACCAUCUUCAGACAACGGCGUAGCUGAUGAUGACGGAUUGACCAACUACGACGAAAAUGAAGCAAGGGAUAAAGAAGAGGCAGAGAAACAACAUGCCGUGGCGCGCGUCUCCAUGUGGAUGCAGCGCGGCGGCUGUCCCCACUUGGUCGAGUCGACGGCCCUUCUUAUGGCCGCUAUAUUGAGCGAUGUCCGCGAGACUAGGGAUCGGUCGGUUAAGUCGUCGUACGCCAUACGAGCCGCUUAUUCGGCUGCUUUUAGUCGGUUCGUAACGGGUCUCCUAGAUAGUCAGCAGGACAAACAGCGCAAGAUGAGUAUGUACUCGAUCGCUAAGACUAUCGGGUUACCGGCGACUUUUGUCGAGCUCCGCCAUCAAUCGACGCAUGAGCAGUUGCCGUCUUUAUCUAAGCUCCGCACUGCGGCACGGAAGGCGUUGGAUUGGAUUUGGGAGUUUUAUUGGAAAGGUCUGGCGCCUGAUGGUGAAGGUGAGGGGGAUGAGAAGGAAGGCGCUUGUCGCAAUGCGUUGUUGCGAUGCUUGAAGGAAGAAGAGAAGGCGCAGGGAAAGACACUACGGAAGCUGCUGAAACAGUGGGACGAGGUGACUUUAUUAAGGACAUUGGCGGAGAUCGUGGAUGAGGCUGGUGAUCCUACAGUUAUUGCUCGGUCGGCUAAGUUGUCGCAGGUGAUACUCGAUGGGGAGGUAUCGGCUUCGUUGGUACCUACGAAGAGGAAUGCAGACGGUGAGUCUGUGUCUAAGAGAUUGGAUGCUAUUAGAGGUGAGGUAAGAACGUCAACGGACGAGCUUGAGGCGAUAGAAAUCGUCGUUCCCAAGCGGGAAGCUGUUGUCGAGUCGGCUUGGAUAUCGUUGAGUCAUGGUCAGGUGAAAGGUUGGGCGAGGUAUGAAGGACCUUGGAAACCAAAGCCCAUUGGUGUCGUAUAGACCAUUCAAUCAAACCUAAUGAAUCUGGCUCUUUGCAUCUUCCGUUGUAAUUCAUGCUAUCAUGACAAAUUCGAGCAAUGUGAUAGGCUGCGUCGUGAGAGCUUGACGAUGCUUGCCAGCUGUACAUGAGUUUGUCGGGCCGCAUGCGAAAAUAACGUCAUAGAAACUCCGACCGAAUUGGAGA